AAUACAUUUAAACCUAAUUAGCUGUAUGUCAAUCGUUAUAGCGUGAACCAUGAAACUAUCGGUGAAGCUUUAGUUCUUUUCUGGUGAUUAGGAUAGGUUUUUAUCGGCAUGUCCUUUUAUAAACCCGCCUGCCUCCGAAGCUUACUCGCUAACAGUUAGCUUUAUUCCAGAUCAAGGCAUCCAAACUUAGCCACUUCGGACCGGACAUAUAGCAGUCUCACCUUCAAAACACACUGGGGAAAACAAGUAUGGUAUUGAACAUCGUGGAGAGCUACGUUAUCUUAUGGUUUCGAGCUGUGAUGUCAUGGCAGCUGCCAGUGUGAGCAGACCUGGUAGUGUCCAGACCACUGAAAAAUCUCAGUUGAUCUUAAAAGUGGUUUCAGCAAAGCCUCAGUCUCCCAAGCUGCCAAACCGUCACUCUCGGCUCAGCUCCUUUGUUGAGGUGACUGCAGACGGCCUGACCAGUGAAACCAAAAAAACUGGCAAACGCAGUGGACACCUGGAGCUGCAGUGGAAUGAAGACCUCACCCUUAAUGUGACGCCUCAGAGUCGUCUGGAUCUGAAGUUGUGGAGCUGCCACACCCUGAGGAAGGAGCUACUGGGCAGCGCCACCAUAGACCUGCUGGACACACUGCGUACACAUGAUGGAAAGAUGGAGAAUGUCCAGCUGAGUUUGGUCCUGCAGACGGAGAACAAAGGCUUGGUUGUAGCGGGAGGCGAGCUCAACGUCUGUCUGGACGGCAUGGUUGUUGAUCUGGGCUCGCUGCCCAAUGGCAGCAUGGCAGCGGACAAAGUCCUUCAGUCAGACAGACCCAACCUGAGACGAACACAGAGUGAGGAGACUCCCAGUACUGCUGCAACGAACAGCAGGAGUAACAGGAGCUCUGUGGGGGGUUCACAGGGCAGCUCCCCAGGGUGCUCCAGAGGGGACUCUCUCACUAAUGGGGAGUUGACUGAAGAGCAUAUACCUAGGCCGGGAUCAAAUGGACACAGCCGGUCCUCCAAGAGUCAUGGAAGCCCAGGAAACAGCACAGACAAAGCUGAGUUGACGUCGAAUGGGCUGGAGAACAGUCUUGGGGGUGUGGCCCAUCACACACCUCCUCCAUCCUCUCCAUCGGGCCGAUCCCCAGCAGCAAGCAGCAGCAGUGGUAGCCCCUCUCCAGGUCAGGAUGCCCUGCGUCCAGUCACCCUGACGGAACCUAGCCCAAACAGUACCUCCAGCACAGAGCAGGCCAGCAGCAGCACCAUAGUGGAGUCCACCUCUGACUCACUCCCAGCAGGCUGGGAGCAGAGGGUGUUGCCUCACGGCAGAGUGUACUAUGUUGACCACAACACCAAAACCACAACCUGGGAGAGACCACUGCCACCAGGAUGGGAGAAGCGAGUGGACCAGCGGGGCAGGUUCUACUACGUGGACCACAACACCAGAACCACCACAUGGCAGAGGCCCACGGCCGAGUCAGUGCGCAACUACCAGCAGUGGCAGAGCCAGCGCAGCCAGCUGCAGGGUGCCAUGCACCAGUUCAGCCAGCGCUUCCUCUACCAGCCAUCUGGUGCUCUGGUGGAAAAUGAUCCUCUGGGCCCUCUCCCUCCUGGAUGGGAGAAGCGUCAGGACAAUGGCAGAGUGUACUUCGUCAAUCACAACACACGUACAACACAGUGGGAUGAUCCGCGGACCCAAGGGAUGAUCAAGGAACACCCCCUGCCCCCGGGCUGGGAGAUGAAGUACACCGCUGAGGGAGUCCGAUAUUUUGUGGACCACAACUCGCGCACGACCACCUUUAAAGACCCCCGGCCUGGGUUUGAGUCAGGAUCACGACAGGGCGGCUCACCUGGUGCCUAUGACCGCAGCUUCAGGUGGAAGUACCACCAGUUCCGCUUCCUGUGCCAUUCCAAUGUAUUGCCGAGCCAUGUGAAGAUCUCCGUUUCCAGACAGACGCUAUUUGAGGAUUCGUUUCAGCAGAUCAUGAAUGUGAAGCCAUAUGACCUUCGCCGCAGACUCUACAUCAUUAUGAGAGGGGAAGAGGGGCUGGACUACGGUGGCAUCGCCAGGGAAUGGUUCUUCCUCCUCUCCCACGAGGUCCUGAACCCCAUGUACUGUCUGUUUGAGUACGCUGGCAAGAACAACUACUGUCUGCAGAUCAACCCAGCUUCCUCCAUCAACCCUGACCACCUCACAUACUUCCGCUUCAUUGGACGCUUUAUUGCCAUGGCUUUGUAUCAUGGAAAGUUCAUUGACACUGGCUUCACGCUGCCGUUCUACAAGCGAAUGUUGGACAAGAAACCCACGCUUAAAGACCUGGAGUCCAUAGAUCCUGAGUUCUAUAACUCCAUCAUGUGGGUCAAAGAGAACAACCUGGAGGAGUGUGGCGUGGAGCUGUAUUUUGCACAGGACAUGGAGAUCCUCGGCAAGGUUUCCACUCACCAGCUGAAGGAUGACGGGGAGAACGAGCUGGUGACUGAGGAAAACAAGGAGGAGUACAUCAGCCUGCUGACAGACUGGAGGUUCACCCGCGGGGUGGAGGAGCAGACCAGAGCCUUCCUGGAUGGGUUCAACGAGGUGGUUCCUCUGGAGUGGCUUCGCUACUUUGAUGAGAAGGAGCUGGAGCUGAUGCUUUGUGGGAUGCAGGAGAUCGAUUUGGCUGACUGGCAAAAGAACACCAUCUAUAGACAUUACACUAAGAACAGCAAGCAGAUCCACUGGUUCUGGCAGGUGGUGAAGGAGAUGGACAACGAGAAGAGAAUCCGUCUGCUUCAGUUUGUAACAGGAACCUGUCGACUGCCUGUUGGCGGCUUCGCUGAGCUCAUAGGAAGUAACGGUCCCCAGAAGUUCUGCAUAGACAAGGUGGGGAAGGAGACUUGGCUUCCAAGAAGCCACACAUGCUUCAAUCGUCUGGAUCUGCCUCCUUACCGAAGCCUGGAGCAGCUCAGAGAGAAACUCCUGUUCGCCAUCGAGGAGACGGAGGGAUUUGGACAGGAGUGACAGGAAGCAGGCACAGGGCGGCUACAAGAGAACACUUAAUUUAGUGGGAUAGUUUUUGUUAUUUUUUCAUUCUUAUUAUUUUGCAUUUGUUAAUCACAGGGCUGAGAAGUCACCUACCAUCUGUAUCCCCUCACCUGAGGGAGAGUCAUGUUUGUCUACUGAAUCAUGGGUUAAAGCUGGUGCUGUGAGAUGGCGACACAAGGACAUAGACGAAGAGUGUGUAUCCUUACAUGUGUGUGUGUGUGUGUGUGGUUGCUCCUGUUAAUGCCAUUGUGUACAUAAAUGAUGUGUAUGUGGGUUUGACAGGAUGACCUAUAUUUGACUAAGGUGUCACACAC